AUGACUUCUCAGGAAAAAAGUGAAGGUAGUCCACAAUCAGCUGAAGCAGAAAAGCAGUUGGGAAGCUACUCAUAUACUAAUUGGGCAGACAAGAUACAAGACCAGUACCAGAAGAUCAAAGAGAAUGCAGAAACUUACCCCUAUGUUUGGGGUUCCUAUAUAGUUGUGUAUGGGGGAUUCGGGCUUUGGUUUGCCUAUAGAUGGAGAAAGCUCCGUAAAACUGAAAGUCGAGUUCGAGUCCUUCAAGAAAGACUCCGGAAACUUGUUGAAGCUGAAGCGUCAACUAGUUCCUCAUCUGCUUCCGCUAGUAAGGCGCCUCCAUCUUCUGAUAUAUCGACCAAAUAGAUACUUGUUUUUACCCAUGCAAGUAACUACCCAUUUCUUUUGUGCUCAAAUACUAAAUUGAAGUUGUUAAUGAAAUUAUAAGGAUGUCACUCCUUGUGUGAUGAUGCGUGAUUGUAAAGGCAAAGUUGGCUAAGAGUUAGUAGGGUUAUGAGGAAAACAGUACACUUACUAAAGUUGAUGUACAUUUCUUGGCAUUUUAAGACCCCUGACCCAUUACGAUGUUGAAAGCAAAUGCUUGGAUUUGACGCUUUUGUGUGGACGAUGACUGUGACUUCCGUUUAUCUAAGAGAUGGAAUGUAACUUAUGGAGGCUAAA